AUGCUUCCCUCAUCAGUAUAUGGUCAAUUGGGUGAUCCUUUAGUUCAAGCUUUAGUUCAAUCCGCUGCUGGAGCAGAUCCUGGAAUAGGUUCACGUGACACAAUGUUCACAAAAAUCUUUGUGGGUGGUUUGCCGUAUCAUACUAGUGAUAAAACUCUGCAUGAGUACUUUGAACAGUUCGGAGAUAUCGAAGAAGCAGUGGUCAUCACCGAUCGACAAACCCAAAAGAGUCGUGGAUAUGGAUUUGUUACUAUGAAAGAUAGAGUAGCAGCUGAACGUGCUUGCAAAGACCCUAACCCAAUCAUAGAUGGACGUAAAGCUAAUGUUAAUUUGGCUUAUUUGGGAGCCAAGCCAAGGAAUAACGUUCAAUUAGCAGCACUUGGUGCAGCCGCUGGAGCUGUUCAGCUUCCUCUUCAAACUCAACUUCAAGCUCUAUUCCCUGCUGCUCGCGUUGGCCUUCCUCAGCUUUAUUACCCGGGAGCUGGAGGACUCGUCAAUCCUUUACUCGGAACGCCCGCUGCUGCUGCAGCAGCUCAGCAACAGCUUUUGGAUUACAAUGUCUUGGCUCAAGCAGUCGCCAGUCAUGUUCCAUUCGGAUCGUACAACAUGCAUGUCUAA